AUGAUUAGCCAUCGGAAGUGUGAAAAAGUCGCAAAACAGAGAUGUUUGACCCGCGCGGGUUUAAAACGAUACGAUUCUCAACGGGUUGGUAAGGGUUUAUCCGUGAAGUCUCACUACUCCCAGUCGUAUGUUGACAUGGGUUUACUGUUCGAGGAGACACUUACUUACGCUCAGUUCAUGGUAGAGGUUAGGGUUGAUGUUGUUUACGCAAGCGAGCAUGAGUGGGGCGGCAAGAAACUGAUUCGUUCCUUGUUGGUAAGUAAAGAUAAGAUCUCACAUCUGGCGAGGUUGACGACCGAGGACAAGGCCAGCAUCGUCCGUGGACUAGCAGAUCACUUAAUGAAGCAGAGGAGGACUUGGUCAAAGCAGAGAUGGGUUCCUCUGUUGUUCAUGUCGAGAAAAAAGGAAUGGUACUGAUAAAUUUGAUGAGGGUAAGAACACAAAGGUGUUUAGGAAAAAUUAUAAUAGACUCUGAUAUGAAUAAUUGUACAAGAUACAUUCUCUUAUAUAGAGAUGAAAGCGUCGAUUAUCUAGUGAGGGUUAU